AUGUCAGUUUACUCAUAUCUAUCUAUCUAUCUAUCUAUCUAUCUAUCUAUCUAUCUAUCUAUCUAUCUAUCUAUCUCAUUCUUUACCGUCUCUUUCUAUCUAUUUCUUUACUUUUCUUUCUUUCUUUUCGUUUUUCUCCUUUAUAUACUUUUUCAUAACUGUUUCUCUAUCUUUUCCCUCCUACUUUAUCAUCACUUUUCUUUCUUUUCUUACUUCGUCGUGGCUCUUCUUCUUCUUCUUCUUCUUCUUCUUCUUCUUCUUCUUCUUCUUCUUCUUCUUCUUCUUUAUCAGCUCUAUCAUUCUUUAUCGCCCAAUUUAUUUCCUUUCCUUUCUUUUCGUCUCUAUUCUUCCUCUUUAUCUCUUUCUUUUCCAUCUUUCCACUUCCUUUUCAUCUCUUUCCUCCUCCUCCUCCUGUUUUAUCACCACUUUCUCUUUCUCUAUUCUUUGUUUUUUUUUUACUUCUUAGCGGCUCUUUUUCGCCUCCUCUUUCUUCUUCUUCUUCUUCUUCUUCUUCUUAGUCUAUAUUUAUCUUCUUCUGCUUCCUCUUCUUCUCUUUAUAAAAAAAUCUUUCGUUUACUUUCAUUUAUAUUUCUUUUUUCCUAUCUAUCUAUCUAUCUAUCUAUCUAUCUAUCUAUCUAUCUAUCUUCUGUUCAUAUCUAUCUAAGUCUGUUCAUAUAUCUAUCUAUCUAUCUAUCUAUCUAUCUAUCUAUCUAUCUAUCUAUCUAUCUAUCUAUUCCUAGCAUUUCUCGUCAUAACGAGGCUUGUUUGUUGGUUUCCACCUCCUCCCUCACUAACAUAGUACAGUUUUUUCAUUAUUAUUAUCUAUCUAUCUAUCUAUCUAUCUAUCUAUCUAUCUAUCUAUCUAUCUAUCUAUCUAUCUAUCUAUCUAUCUAUCUAUCUACAUUAUUUACAUUAUUUGGACUAUUUGCUUCCUAUCUAUCUAUCUAUCUAUCUAUCUAUCUAUCUAUCUAUCUAUCUAUCUCACACACUCUCUCUCUUUCUCUCUCAGAUAGUUUAUAUCUAUUUAUCUUACCCGAUUCAUUUAAUAUCUAUUUAGCCGAUUCAGAUCUAUCUAUCUAUCUAUCUAUCUAUCUAUCUAUCUAUCUAUCUAUCUAUCUAACAUCCAGAUCUCUCUCUCUCUCUCUCUCUCUCUCUCAGACAGCUUAUAUCUAUUUAUCUUUGCCGAUUUAUGUCUCUCUCUCUCUUUAUCUAUUCAGAUUUCUUUCUCUCUCUCUAAAACAGUUAAUAUCUAUUUAUGUCUGCCUAUAUAUCAGUCUUUUUCUAUCUAUCUAUCUAUCUAUCUAUCUAUCUAUCUAUCUAUCUAUCUAUCUAUCAAAUCACAUGCACUGUAUAUAUGUAAUAAUUAAAAUAUAA